UUUCGGUGAUGUGAAUUUUUAUAAUAAAUUACGCGAUCAACGAAGAAUUUUGUAUCAAUCUUUUCAUUUUUCUGCUGAAUCCUUUAGUGUUUUUUUUUCUGUUCGUUUGUAAUAUAUUACUGUUUCAUUCAAUUUAAGUAUAUUUAUAACACCUCUCCAAUAAUUGAUACAAUACAGUGAAAUGUAUGAAAAUCGAAUAUAUUGAUAAUCAUCAAACACGAAUAUUAAUGGCAAAAUUAUCGCCGAACAAGAAUUAUUUCACUAACAUGGAUCAUGCAACGGCCGCUACUGAUGUGCAUAACAAUGAUACAUUCUUGGAUUGUAUGAUUCUGAAAUUUUAUAAAUUAGAUAUUGAACCAUGUAAAUCACGCGCAAAUCGUAAUUGUACUAAUAAUGCACGUUGCCUUAAAGGUCUUGGCCAGGCAACGUGGCUGAUUAAUCAAGUGGAAGAUAUACAGGAAGAGGAUAAAAAUCUAGCCGGUGAAGAACAAUUUUGUUUUCGUGGUUUAAAAAAUCUUGGAGCCACAUGUUAUAUAAAUACAUUCCUACAGCUAUGGUUUCAUAAUGUCGAUUUAAGGCAAGCAAUAUACAAAUGGCGACCAAAUGCCAUAUCAAAUUUAAUUCCAACAUCAUCGUUAUCAGAACAAUUUCUCGUAAAUCCAAUCACAUGUCUUCAAUUGGUUUUGUCUAUGAUGCAAUACAGUGUACGAUCAGUUGUUGAUCCAACACCAUUUAUCAAAUGUCUAAAUUUAGAUGCAUCACAAGAACAAGAUACUCAUGAAUUUUUAAGUCUUUUCAAUUCAUACAUACAGAAUAAAUUGAAUCAUGAGAAUGAUAAAUCUAUACAGAAAACAAUCAAUCAACAGUAUUGUAUGAAAAUUGCUUACAUAAUCAAAUGUAGCAAAUGUAAAUUUGUUAGUGAACGUGAAUCAGAUUUCUACGAACUUCUUCUUCGUGUUAAAGGAUUCAAAGAUAUUGAUGAAUGUAUUGGUGAUUAUCUGAAGGAAGAAAAUCUUGAUGGAACAAAUAGAUAUGCAUGUCAAAUAUGUAAUGGAUUACAGGAUGCUAAACGAUUUAUUGAAUUACGAAAAUUGCCACCAGUUUUGAAUCUACAGCUACUUCGUUUUGAAUCAUCGAAUGGCCAUAGUCGAAAAAUUAGUUCAUUUCUCAAAUUUCCUAAACGACUUGAUAUGAGCAAAUUCGUGCGGCCAGAACAAACAAAUCCCACCAAUGCAAAUGUAUACAAUCUGUUUGCCGUUCUCAUACAUGAAGGCCAAACCGCCUAUUCCGGACAUUAUAUAACUUUCAUCAAAAAAGAUAACUUAUGGUUCAAAUUUAACGAUGAAAAUGUUGAACAAUUAAAAGAUUUUAAUCUGAAAAUCGAUAAUGAUGAUGAUUUUCAUAGCGGCCAAAAUGGUGGCAACAAUGAUGGCACUGGUAAUGGUCGAAAUGAAAAAGGAUUCCAUAAAUCAAAAAAUGCCUAUAUGCUUGUUUAUAAACUGGAUACUGAAUCUAAUAGACCAUUACUGAAUGAAUUAAGGCAAUCCAAUCUACCCGAUUAUCUUGUUGAUUAUAUUGAAAAAGAUAAUCAAAAAUAUCUGCAAGAAAAAGAAGAUUUACUAAUUCAAAAAUGUCAAGAACGGCUAAAAGAGCUUAACCAUCAGAGAUUGGUCCGUCAAAUUUUCUCCAAAAUGGAACUGAUUCAACCGCAAACAAAGCAAUGUGAUAUAACUGUUAGUAGCAAUAUGAAUAACAAUCAAAAUCAUAGUCAAUUAAAUGAAACAUUUGAUGCUAUCGAUAAAUCAUGGUUGAUGAAUUUUUUUCGUGCAUCCACAUCGGAUGAAGUGCCCGCUAUCGAUAAUAAAUCAUUAUUAUGUAUGCAUGGAAAACUAAAUGUAGAUUCGUCAUAUAAAUGCAUAUCAACAGAAAGUGCCGAUCAAAUUUAUUCAUUAUAUAAAAGUGAUAUUCGAUUGAAAUUACCCGAAUAUUUCUGUAAACAAUGUAUACAAUAUCGAAUGUAUAUGUCUAGAUUGAAACAGACGAUUGAUGAUGAUCAAAAAUUGAUUCGUAAUCUUGGUAAAUUUAAAAAUUGUCAAGAUGAAAAUCUAUAUUUUGUGGGCAAAGAAUCAAUGAAAAAAUGGAAAAAUCUUCGAAUCGAUUCUAUUAAACGCCAAUAUGAAGUUGAUUUUAAACCUGCUACUAAUUUUAAUUUUAAUGAAGAUCUUCUUUGUCAACAUGGACAGCUUUGUUCUGAUUCAUCCAAACGUACCCUUAUUCGUCAUCAAGCUUGGCUAAUAUUAAGGAAACAUUUUCCUGGAUCACCAGAAUUUGAUGAAAAUGCAUCGCCUUGCUCGGAUUGUUUGGAAAUCGAUCGUAAUAGACAAAUUAUUCGUGAUAAAAACUAUGAUAUAGCUUUGAUUCAACGUUCUAGUCUGAUUAAUCUUUACAAUGGUGAACUUUUUCGUUAUUGGCCUGAUUUACUUGCCGGACAUUGUUAUCAUAUGAUUGCAACAAAAUUCUAUAUGGCAUGGAAAAAAUUUGUUUCACAUCCAAAUACAACGCCAUCACCUGAUUCAUUGAUGCAAUAUGAAUCGAAUAUUAUUUGUACCAAACAUUCAUUAUUCAUAUUUCCACCAUUUGAUGAUAAAUAUGUUGGAUAUGAUAAAAUUUACCUUAUUUUAGACCAAAAUGAAUGGACAGCUUUGACAGAAUUUUAUAACUUUUCCAUCGAUGUAUCAUUUAUUCGAAUAAAUGAUAGUGAAAAUUGUGAUCAAUAUGAAUUAAAACCAGGAUUCUGUUCUUAUUGUCAUCAGACAUUUGUUCAAGAAGAGAAACAAAAACGAUUUAUCUAUGAUAAAUUACCUAUUUAUGUGAAAAAAAUUGUCACCGAGGAAGCGAAUACUGAUGAAGAUUUUAAUAAUAAUAAUCCAAUCAAAAAAUCUAAAAUAAUCGACUCUAAUCAUAAUCAACAACAUAGGAAUGAUUUCGAAACGGUACAAAAAAAUAAUCAACAGCAGUCACAAACGAAUCAACGAAAACGUACGUUACGAAAACGGCGUAUGUUUAAUGAAUUGGAAAUUCUUUCCUCAUCACAUGAUAAAUUAAAAGAUAUUAAAGUUAAGAUAAUGCAACAUUUUAAUGUGGCCACAUAUGAUCAAGUAUUAUGGUAUAAUGGUAAACAAUUGUUAUCGGCACAGAAUAAUUGUACAAUUGGAGAAUUGGAAAUCGAACCACACACUACAUUGUUACUAAAGGUUGACGAUAUGAUGGAUGAAAAUGUUUCACCCGUAGAAUGUACUAACGUUGGUAAUAAUGGUCCGGAAGUUGGAUUCAAAGGUACUCAGCUUCAUCUAUUUUGAAAAUUUAUUUUUGUUUUUCGCCAUUUUUCUGGCCAUGUGAUUCAAUCUUACUUGUUGCUGAUGCUGAUGCUAUCGCUGUCGCUGUCGCUGUUCAACCAUAUAUUCCAACAAUUUUUCAAGAUGCAUAUACGGAGCCAAUUUUUUUUUUCAUUCUGCAUUCAAGGCCUUUGAAAAACAAUAUUU